GGGAGAGGCAACGACUGGGAUGGACUUUGAGGGGUUGGCGAGCGGCGGACGAGUGGCAAGCGGCGAACUAGGAUUGGGUGGUACAAGAAGUGGCGACUUGAAGGGUUUCUUGCUAUUGCGAAUGCCUAUACUUCCCGGGGUACCGAAAGCUAGUGGUUUCCCGAAGUCAGGGCCUGCAGGACUGGGGCUCAGGGGUGUACUUCUCGGUUUUCCUCUCCUUCAGCAGUGUGCAUACAUUCCUGGAGCUACCCAUGUACUUGAACUUGCUGCAGAAGGAUCCAGAAGAGUCCUUCCAGUGGUGAAGCCUAAAAAUCCGGAUCCAUUGGGUGUCCUGGAUGGCGCUAUACCUCGGGCCAACGUAGUAUUACCAGCGAUCUUUAAUUCUUUAGCGGACUGGAACCCAGUAGCAGUAGGAGGUACAGUGCUACGCUGGAACCAUCCCACGUCGUCUUCAGCGGAUCGCAAGGCACUGGCGCUCGUGAAGUUUACAGCUUCAGCUGAAACGUCAGUCGAUUGGAACCAGGCAGCAAGAUCCUGCUCGGGUGGUGGAUCGGGGUAGGAGGAUGGCCAGUAGUCUUCGUCACUGGAUUUGAAAUGCCCGACGGUGUGGCGUUCCGCAUAGCGCUAUGCUCUGUUCUGAGGGCGGAAGUAAAUCCACUGACACGCUUUCUACUAGGUGAUGUCGGUGAACUCUUGCUGGUGAAUGGAUUACCUGGUGAACUCGCCGGCAUGAAACCGUUCAUUUUGUUAGGAGAAAGACCCUGAUGUUUAGAAAGCGAUCGAGGUGAGUUGGGUGGAGAGUUAAUUGGAGAUGUGCGAGAGCUCGAGUGACUAUAUGCGUGAUCACUGCCUGAGGGCUUGCGAUUCUCUUUCCUAUCAGCAGGUAGAGACGGUGAUGGUGAUUGAGAUCGUUCUAAGCUACAUUAGUCAUGCA